AAUUAUGUUUAAAUUUAGUUAGCUUAAAAAAUAACCAUAAGUUUAUGAUUCUUAACUAUUAUCUAAAAUGUAAGCUUAAUUCUAUUUCAGAUGCCCACUAUAGUUCAGACAUAAAUAUCUUAUAAUGGAAUAAAAAAUAAUGGAGGCUAAAAAAUUAGAGCAUGAAAUUUAUAAAAUGAAAGAUGAAGAUGAGGGGUGGAAAAAAUUAAAGAUAAGCUUAGAAUUUGCUCCAUAGAAUACUCUCAAUAGUAAAUUCAUAAUCAGUAUUAAAUUAGAAUGAAAUUUUAGUCAGACAUGCUUUAGCAUGGCAUAAUUAUUUUAAAAGAGUAACAGAAUUUAAAGAUUCAUCUAUAUAUCAUUAUGAUUUGAUUGAUCCUCCUUUACAAUAUUUAGGGACUAAACAAUGUGAUAAAUUAAAAUAAGAAAUAAAUAAAUUAGACUUUGAUAAAGUCUAUGUGUCACCGUUAUUAAGGCAUAUUAUUUGAA